UGAAGCGCUGCAAGAAAUCAAUCGCCGCGCGACCGCGGGAGGCUGCCCCAACACCACGAACGCCGCGUCGCAACGUGCCCCCACGCGUGAACGCAACCAGCACCAAACACCAACACAAAAGCACAGCAGCCCAAACACCACUAUGCCGGCCCGCCGCGACGAGGAUCGAAGUCCAGCGACGACGCCGCGCAACUCCGUCGAGACGCCGCCGCCGCCGCGCUCCCGAGCUCUCUCAAUGCCGGCGACGCCGCGGUCCGCGUCCGCGCCGGCCAUCCCUCCGGCGACGCCAACCGGGAAAGUGAAAAAGGCAAGGCAGAAGCUCCGCAACCUCGUAAGAAAGCACCUCGAUCGAAUAAGAGCGAAGACGUCCGGGCGGUCGCCCCGUAACUCACGCGAUUCGGACAGUGACGAAGACCUCCCCAAAGUGCGGAAGUACGAAAGAUUGGAGCGAGCGGUGCGGAAGCAGCUCGCCAAGGGCCGGGCGGCGCGGCGGAAGCUGUAUGAGUUGAGACACACCAUAGAACGAAGAAAAAAUCGGAAACGCGCGCGGGCGGCGGAAAAAGCUGCAGCAAGGGCGUCAUUGUUAGCCGGCUACGCGUCGGAAGGAGAUCGGUUAUCUCCACCGGGCACGCCGCCCUUCAAGGCGCGGCAGCGCGAGUUCGCGACGGCGUCGCCGCUGCACCGACGGAGCGGCUCCGUGUCUUCUGUGGAUGUUUCGUCGGACGACUCGUCCGACGACGAAGUAAUGGACCCUUUACAACAAGCGCUACAAGGUGUUGAUAGAGCGGCGAUGGCGUCUCAUUUAUCAUUGGUGACGUUAGGGCUGGUGGGCUACGAUCUCAUACAGAGCGAGGACUAUUCUUUCAGAAGACUCGCGACGCUCGCUAUUGCAAUAGCGUGCUGGCUCUGCCACGCCGGCGAGGUGAAGAAGGCGGCGCUCAAGGCGGCGACGGCUGUAUUAGAUGUGCCGGAGACGCCCCUACCUACAAGGCGAGAGCCGCCCCGGCGCAUGCGCACGAUGCUCGAGGACGUCCCGCGGUGGACCGUGCCGCGGGAAGAAACGGAGCCGACGCCGAACACGUGGCGCCACAGUCCGGCAGAUACGUUUCAAUUAAGAGGAGGAUCGUAUCUGCGCGAUCGGGUGAAAAUAAAAUCUAGCAAGGCGACGUACGAGGUCGUGGACGUGCGAGUUCUGAGAAGCCCGGAGGGCGCCAUGCCCGACUUGUUGACGCAUCAUCCGUCGUUACGAGGCGGUGAGACGAGAAUGUUGAAUGGCCUGCCCGAAACGCUGGCGCUGAACAUCGCCGCGCCGUGCGAGGCGCCGUCGAUCAGCGGCUGGCGGCCGGCGUCGCCGUGCUGGAUUUUGUUGUUGGUCCUGAAAAUAGCCGACCAUGCUAGAGUAAUAGCGACGGACGAGCCCGACGUGAGCAAAUGGCCUCCCGGAUUAAGGCUGUGUCGGAGGUGGCUGCGCGACGCGCCAAACGACCCAUACUUGUGUGCUCGGCUGAAGGGCGUGUUCCAGGUCCGCGCGUUGGACGGCGAGCAGCUGCCCCGCGUCUUCGCGAAGUGGUCGGGCAAGCCGGUCCUCAUGGCGGCGGCCGGCGCUCUCUCGAGAAGACAUGGUUUGGCGAAGUUCUCGGGCGGAAGUGGUUACGUCGAGGUCCAUUUGGACAUCGGCGAGUCCUUCAGCUACAUGGGCCGGGGAGCGGUCUACCUCAUGAUGUCCAAACUCUCGACGCUCGACGCGGACGUCUGCUUCACGCUUGAAGGUAGGGCGGACGACGAAUUACCGGAGGUCGUCUUCGGCGCGGCGUCGUUCACGGCGCUGGACCUCGAGAAGAAGUUCAAGCAACUACGCCAGCGCGCUCUAGACUCGCUCCCCUCCGGCGAAUUUGCGGGCCUUUUCGAUGAUGAUAUAAGUUGAGUUCUCCAU